AGACUUGCCCAAACGAGAGAACCCCACUAUUUCGAUUGUCCAUACCAGAAUGCCGUACUUCCUGACUUUAGGGGUGUGGUUUUUAGAAUUAGCUUCGCUGAAAUAAACUAGCAAAGUAAUAAGAUAUCUAGCCUGUCGACCGCUCUACAAACUAAUUGUAGGCUUACGCAAUGUUCUUUUGAGAAAUAGACUUGUUUACAAGUCGACUCUUUAGUUGCACAGAGUGGCGGGGAUGCGGAAUCAAAAUGGGAAACAUUUUCGGCAGAAAGAGACGCACGCGAGUCACAGAGCAGGACAGAGCCGUUUUGCAACUGAAACAGCAGAGAGAUAAGUUGAAGCAGUACCAAAAGAGAAUCACUCUGCAGCUGGAAAAAGAGAGGAAUCUGGCCAAGCAGCUGCUGAAAGAUGGCAAGAAAGAGAAGGCCCUCCUCUUGCUCAAAAAGAAGAGAUACCAAGACCAGCUCCUAGACAAGACGGAAAACCAGAUUAGCAACCUGGAGCGCAUGUGUCAAGACAUUGAGUUUGCCCAGAUUGAGAUGAAAGUCAUUGAAGGCCUUAAAGUUGGAAACGAUUGCCUGAAGUCAUUGCAUGAGGCGAUGUCCAUCGAGGAUGUGGAGAGAAUUAUGGAUGAGACCCAAGAAGCCAUUGAAUACCAGAGGGAAAUAGAUGAGAUGCUGGCAGGUUCCCUGACACAGGAGGAUGAAGAUGCUAUACUGGCUGAACUGGAGGCCAUCACUCAGGGAGACCUUGACCUACCAGAGGUACCUGAUGAGUCCCUGCCUGAAGUCCCAGAGACAGCUGAGGAAGAACCAGAGCCAGGUCAAGAGAGACCGAGGAAGAAGCAAGAACGGGAGAUGUUGGCUGUCUAGAAACAUGUUUGUUUGCCAGGGGACUUGGUACGCCGGCCACUAUAUCCCCCUCGUAGGGGUCUCAUGCCCCAACCACCCCAAACACACAGCCACAGAAAGAUUAUCUUCACUCACUGGAAGCAGAAGCAUCUCUUCCAGUCCCUCACCGUCAAGACUGAUGCUCCUGGUGCCCUGCUAGUCCUUGGUCUUGUGAGCCCCACUAUGGCUCUAUAGGGCUCCUCUGGACUCAACAACCCUAUCACUCCAACCAUGGACGUGAACCUUAUUUUUCAGAUCAUUGCCUGCAGGUUCUUUCCUAUUCUCUUUAUGUUUAGGGCCUAUUUUGAUUGUGCCUAUUGCUUAAGUCCCUUGACAGGUGUGUUUUUUGUCUUCUGUGAACAAAUUGUGAUUAACGGACAAAUGAAUGCAUGUCACUUUAUUUAUUUCCCUUCAACCUUUUGUAACUUAGGCUUAUUAUCUGACCACAGAACAUAUUAUCUUUGGGAGGAAUAGCCUACAUUCAUGUUUUAAAGUCAUAACUGUUUUCAGAAACCUAACCUGUUUAGAUGCCAAAACGUUAUUAAAAAUGCCUUGAUUCCGCCUCCCGGGUGGCGCAGUGGUCUAGGGCACAUUGCAGUGCUAGCUGUGCCACCAGAGACUCGGUUUAUGCCCAGGCUCUGUCGCAGCCGGCCGCGACCGGGAGGUCCGUGGGGCGACGCACAAUUGGCCUAGCGUCAUCUGGGUUAGGGAGGGUUUGGCCGGUAGGGAUAUCCUUGUCUCAUCGCGCACCAGCGACUCCUGUGGCCGGGCGCAGUGCGUGGUAACCAGGUCGCCAGGUGCACAGUGUUUACUCCGACACAUUGGUGCGGCUGGCUUCUGGGUUGGAUGCGCGCUGUAUUAAAGAAGCAGUGCGGCUUGGUUGGGUUGCGUUUCGGAGGACGCAUGGCUUUCGAGUAAAAUUCCAAUCUGUCAGGAAUGCAUUUGACUUUGGCUUUGAUUUCAACUUGUUGAUCUGGGGACAGAAUCCUUAUAACGACACUAACCUAUUUGCUGAAGCAGCCAUUUCAUGUCUAUUCUUUAUCUUCCUCGCUGUCAAACUGUUUAACUAAUCUAAAGCUACAGUUCCUUUUGGCUUGGGAAUUAGUUUAGUGUCAUUGGUGAAAGGAAGGGCUAAUCGUAUAUUGUCAGUGGGCUUACUUACCUCUGUACCUCACAGACAACACUGGUGUUAUUAUCGGAUGCCUAGAUUUGACUAUGAUUUCAGUCAAAGACAACCUCGCAGACCCUGACCUAGCUCUCUAUCCAGUGAGUAUGAUAUUCGGUCUGUCUUACAAUGAAGUGUGAUAUUGGGUUGCUAACUGCCUGGGUUUGUAAUAUUUUACUGGCAUAUCAUAUUCUCAGAGCAUUGGCUAAUUAUUUCUUUAUCUGAAAUGGAGGGCCUACAUAUAAAAGAUAAGCACUACCAACAUAUUUGAUGUAAUAUGUAUGUGGACUAUCAGGCCAGAUAUGUAUUGUAUAAAAAAAAUAUGAGUUCUCUAAUGUCUCUCUGAGACACUCUUGAUGAUAAAUGUGAAGACCAUUUGACAGUUAUAUCAUAUUGACAAACCUGUGGCGUGUCUAUACGAAAUAUCUUAUUCUGUAACAAUACAAGCAUUUUUAAAGGUAGUGAUUGGCCAGUCUGCUUUUACUCUGUAUGUUAUAAAAAACAACUAGAGGGCAGCAGAUAGCAGUGUUUUUCUUGUUCAUUGGUUCGUGAAUGUAUUGUGUGGAUUGGGGUGCUGUCUCAUGUUUUUAUUAUGUGUGCUGUGCAUGUAUAUGGGACAGUAACUAAACUCAGCAAAAAAGAAA